AUGGCAACAAUCCGCUCUUCGCUCAGCCAUGAAGAGCGUACAGCUCAAGAACCACGAGAAGCACGUCUGGAGCCUGUAACAGUAUCUCGCAUCGAUGCCGUCAACAACACAAUUCGUCUAAUUCGAUUGAGUGCCAUGAAGCCUGAUCACACACUAAAGUUCUCACCAGGUCAAUGGCUAGACGUCUUCAUCCCUUCUCUCCCAAAAGCAGGUGGUUUUACUAUAACUUCCACACCUUUGGACCAAGGCAAACCUACCUCUCAACGACCUGCCUAUUUUGAGUUGGCCAUUCAAAAAUCUACCAACCCUCCCGCUCAAUGGCUCUGGAAACCCGAGUCUGAGAUCUUGGAUGAACAGAUUAUCGUUCGCACAGGCGGAAGCUUUGUAUGGCCGCCUCCUGGUAUAGACGUCAAUGGUAUUGAACAAGUCGUCCUAGUGGCAGGAGGCGUGGGUAUCAAUCCUUUGAUUUCGAUCUUUGCACAUCUAAUGAGUCUUCCCAACCGACCAAAGAAGGUGCGAUUCGUGUAUGGCAGCAAGGUCGAGGAAGGCCCAAUCAAGGCCUCACGUAUCCUCUUNUUGACAAGAUUGAUGGAAUUGAUCAANAAACAAGGAGAUGGCAAUGUUCAGCUAGACCUGUUCCUUACAGCGACAUCACAGAAGGAAAUCGAGGAUGCGACAGACUUGCCCGAACACGUCAAAUUAGGAAGGAUCGAGAAGGACGACUUGGAAGCUGCGAUCGGCGAGGACCGCAAUAUUAGGCAAGCGACCCUAGCUUACGUCUGCGGUCCCCCUGCCAUGACAGACCAGUUCGUUGAAUUCUUGAGCACAAGAGAUGGUAUGAAUAAGCGAAGAGUCUUGUGUGAGAAGUGGUGGUAA